UUCUCAGGCCUUCGUAAUGGAUCGAAGCUUUUAUGAAGGACAAAGUUUAUCAGGAGAAGACCUGAUAUUGGUUUCAGUUUCAAUAAAGGUAGUCAAUUCUGACCUUGCCUGCUUUUCGGAGUUUGGGAGUCAGGUUAUGAUGCAGGGUAGCAUACAGUUAAAAAUCUAUGUUGGUUGCCCACCUGGAAACAGACUAGCUUUUGACAUUGCCUACACUCUGAACUACAGUAUCAGUAAAAAUAACGUGUACUUUGACUGUGUCGAGCCAGAUGAAAUUCCAUGCUUCUAUUACCAACACUGUAAGUGCUGA